CUUGGGGUAGCAUAUCGCGAAUCCGACAUUCGCAAUGUGAAAGCGUUGAUUGUUGGCCCUCCCGGCACCCCCUAUGAGUUUGGGUUCUUUGAGGUAAGGUCUGCUUGUCAUCCUGCGAUCAGAAUUUCUGCUGCUAACAUGGCUCCCAAAGAUUACCCCGGCAGCCCACCCAAGGUAACAGCGCUCACAACAAAUUCGGGUCGCUGCCGAUUCAAUCCUAAUAUAUAUGCCGGAGGGAAAGUUUGCUUGUCAAUCCUUGGGACAUGGCGCGGAGAGAGGGGCGAAGAGUGGUCAUCUGCCCAAGGUCUUGAGUCGGUUUUGAUUUCGAUCCAGAGCUUGAUGUCGGCGAAUCCCUAUGAGAACGAGCCCGGCUUCGAGGAUGCCAAAGGUCCAGAUGACCAGAAAGCAAUGGCCCAAUAUGUCGCCAAGAUACAGCACGAAACGCUCCGCAUUGCGGUUAUCCAGCCACUUGAAGGCGCGUUGGGUAUACAAAAGGACGGCUCUGUGAUUCCUCCAGAAGAGAUCACAAAAGACAGCGAUGACGAAGAAGAUACGUUCGCAUACGACGAUGAAAAAUCCAUAUUUGAACCUUUCGGAGAUUUGCGCAAGCGUCGAUUCCUGUGGUACUAUGAGUCCUAUCUACAAACCAUUGAUACCGCGGCCCAGAAGGUCGAGAAGGACCAGCAGUUUGAAUCGAUGGCGUUUGAGCACAACGGCAAUACCAUGAUAGGAAAAUUUGACUAUCCAGAAUUGAGGAAACGUCUGGAAUUCGUGAAAGAGACUUUGGCCGACGAAACGCAACGCUGGGCUGUGGAAGGGUUGGCGUCCAAGAAAAACGAAUCUAGAAUAGCAGCUAGCCUCAAACGCCAGCAUGAACAGAUAAUCGAGGACCUUGGCUCGCGAAAAUCUUUCGCUGCCAAUCUGUCGCUAGUCGAUGACAAUCCGUUUGUGUGGACAAUAACAUAUUUUGGCCGGCCUAUGACCCACCUUGAUGGCGGCGUGUUCCAGAUCAAAAUACACUUGAGCCCCAGAUUCCCAGAUGAGCAGCCACGGGUCUUCGUGGAGACACCUAUAUUUCACCACCGUGUCUCCAAAGACGGCGUGCUCUGCUAUUUCCCUAGCCGUGACGAGGAAUUAAAGUACCAUAUUGAUGCAAUCGUGCUAGCUCUAGAAGAGGAGUCUCCUCCAUUCGAUCCAAGAACCACGGUCAACCUGGAGGCCAUGAAACUGUUCUGGGGUACACCUGAGGAAAAAAAGAAAUACAAUCGAGCAUUGAGACGGGCGGUGGAGAGGAGUACCGAUCAGUCCCCAAUGGCUGAGAAAAAACCCGUUAUGGAGCUGGGCACCGUCCUGGUCGUCGGUGGCUGCGGCUUCCUUGGCUGGAACAUUGUCGACCAGCUGCUCAACUUCCCAUCUGAAACCGACCCAUCCGCAGCUCUGCCCAAAGUCACGGGCGAUCCUCGCUUUGAAUAUCCUUCUCUCAAGAGUCGCUACCCACACUAUAUUGCAAAGGUGCACGUAGUCGACCUGCGCACGGCGAACAAUCGACUCCCCGGCGCCCAGUACCACGAGGGCGACAUCACGUCGAUCCCGUCCAUGCUGGAGGUCUUUAAGAAGGUCCAGCCGGAUGUCGUUAUUCACACUGCCAGUCCGGCGCCGCUGGGAUCGACAGACGAAUUGCUCAGGAAGGUGAACGUCGAUGGGACGAAGACAUUGGUCGAGGUUGCCGGUGGCGUUCACGGAGACUGGGGAAAGAAGUGCCAGGCAUUUGUAUAUACGAGCUCCUCGUCAGUUGUGCAUGAUACCAGAAGCGAUUUGAUCAACGUGAACGAGACGUGGCCGUAUGUGCGAGGGUCUCUGCAGGGGGAAUAUUACUCCGAGACAAAGGGAUUGGCCGAGGAAAUUGUUCUCAACGCAAACAAUAACAACCCUUCUGGCAUGCUCACCUGCGCUAUUCGCCCAGCUGGCAUUGUCGGCGAAAAGGAUACGACAGUAUCAUACAAGAUGCUUGAGCACGGUCGCGACGCGUCGGACCUAGCACUCCGAUUCCAACUCGGCGAGAAUAACAAUCUAUUUGACUUUACCUACGUCGGUAACAUCGCUUAUGGACACACCCUCGGCGCAAUCAGCCUGCUCGCGACAGCCGCGCGCAAUAAAGCCGGCCAGGCGGCUCCCCUCGACCAUGAGCGUAUCGACGGCGAGGCCUUCAACAUCACCAACGACCAGCCCCUGUACUUCUGGGACUUUGCGCAUGCGCUCUGGGCUCUAAUGGACCGCCCAAUCGAUCCAUCUGAAGUCUGGGCCCUCCCCGAGGGCUUCCUACAGGUCGUCGGUGGUAUCGCCGAAGGCGUUUUCGCCCUGCUGGGUAAGACGCCACGGUUGACGCGCAGAGCUGUCCGAUACUCAUGCAUGACGAGGUACUACUCUUGCCAAAAGGCCAAGCUGAGACUGGGUUACCUGCCCAUUGUUGAUAUGCACGAGGCUGUCGCUCGCACCGUGAGUUUCUGGAAUGCCACUGCUGCUGCCGACAACUCCAAGAAGGCGCAAUAG